CUUGCCUGCCUGCCUGUCUCCUGCAAAGCCAUGUGGCUGUACCUGGGGGCCCUUGUGGGCCUGUACUACCUUCUGCGCUGGUACCGGGAGAGGCAGGUGGUGAGUCAUCUCCAAGACAAGUAUGUCUUCAUCACGGGCUGUGACUCAGGCUUCGGGAACCUGCUGGCCAGGCAGCUGGACCUGCGAGGCUUAAGGGUGCUGGCUGCAUGUCUGACAGAGAAGGGGGCAGAGCAGCUGAGGGGCCAGACAUCAGACAGGCUGGAGACAGUGACCCUGGACGUCACCAAGACAGAGAGCAUCGUUGCGGUCACCCGGUGGGUGACAGAGCGUGUUGGAGACAGAGGACUCUGGGGCCUGGUGAAUAACACUGGCAUCUCCACGCCCCUGGCACCCAAUGGAUGGCUGACCAAACAGGUCUUUGUGAAGAUUCUCAAUGUGAACCUAUUGGGGGUGAUCGAAGUGACCCUGGGUCUGCUGCCCCUGGUGAGGAAGGCGAGAGGCCGUGUGGUCAAUGUCUCCAGCAUCUGCGGUCGUGUCGCCUUGACUGGCGGGGGCUACUGCAUCUCUAAGUACGGCGUCGAGGCCUUCUCGGACUCCCUCAGGAGGGAGCUCUCCCAGUUCGGGGUGAAAGUGGCAAUUAUCGAGCCUGGUUUCUUCAAGACCUUUGUAUCCAGUUCUGAGAUGAUUUCCAGGAGCUUCCAGGAGUCAUGGGACCAGGCCAGCCCAGAGGUCAAGAAGGCCUAUGGGGAGAAGUUCCUCGCAGCCAGCCUGAAAACAAUGGCAUCGUUGGACAGAAUGUGCACAAAGGAUCUGUCCCUGGUGACGGACUGCAUGGAACAUGCCCUGACUGCCUGCCAUCCCCGCACCCGAUACUCAGCUGGCUGGGAGGCCAAGCUCAUCUACCUUCCCAUGAGCUACAUGCCAACCUUCCUGGCAGAUGCCAUGUUCAGCUGGAACAAGCUGAGGCCAACCAGGGCCCAGUGA